AUGAAUAAGAAACUACGUCAGCAACCACAUGAUUUAUCUUAUUAUACAACAUGGUGGUUACCACCACCAGCUUCGGUCUCAUCUCAAAAUAUAAUAUUAUUUGAUUCAGAUGAUGAUAUUACUAUAGAUAGACAUAAGAAAAAACAAAAAACGACGACAAACGUUAUGGCAUCCACUUGCUGUAUUCCAGUGAAAAUAUUUCGACAGAAAUAA